UGAAUAUGAUAACGCCUAUCACCCAGUUUCUUAGAGUGCAGACAUUAUUUAUUACAUAAUUAGUAGAUAUUUUCAUUAUGAAAUUAAUUUCAUUAAUUAAAUUCAAUUUCAUCAAGUACUUUCGUAACCUUGUGAUGACUUUUACAUGUUUUACCCACCGACCAAAUAAAACAAGUAAUUAUCCUAAAUCUUAGUAAAAAUCACUUUUUAACAAUAACAAACUACAUAACUGUAUAGGCACACUUAUCAAUGUCAUGCACUCUUAAUAAUCUGGUAAAGUCAUAUAGGUCAUGGUUUCUCGGUAAUAAAUUUGCCCUUCAAAAAAUCCUUUAUUAAUUCAAAACCGGGCAAUGUGUAUAUAUUACUCCUCCUCCGCGGAGUUAUAUUUUCCAUCGCAUUGUAUUAAUAUUGACACCAAACGGUAACCAAUAUUUUUUUCAAUGUGACAUUAAUAUUUUACUGGUUGGUAAUAAUGUGUUGCUGGGUUACUAUCAGACUGUAUAACUUAUCAUUGCCAUAACGGUAGAGUUAUAUCUUUUAUAUAUAAUUGUCCCACAAUGUAAUGUUUUAUUGUGAGAUUAUUUGCAGUGCAUUUGCUUGCUCACAUAAAUAGUUGCAUAAUAUAAUGCUGAUAUACACAUACCGGUACAAACUAAUAUCAUUGGUAUGUAUAAGUCGACGUAUUUUCCCGACGGAUAGAUUAUUCUUCUUCUUUAAUACUUGUCUGGAAAUCUUGCCCAAAACUGGUCCAAUGUCCAAGUUUACUGGAGAUUGUAGUGGGUGAAAUGCAGCCGUGCAUAUCAUUUUGGUCAAAUGUGUGCAUGUUUUAUGUUAUCUUAUAAAAUAACCUGAUUCUACAAAAUUAAGUUUCCUUCAUACUCCUCGAGACAUUGUAUCAUUUUUUUAUCAUUAUUAUAUUGCUAAGGAUCCCAAAUUGGGUAUCGUUUAGAAACAUGUAUGUGCAUUCAUAUUGCAAUGCUACCUAAAUAGCUUAAAUAAUUUAAGUUGGACUUUCCAUGUUAAAUAUAGCAGUAAUGAUGCAUAUCUGUAUGUCUGUAUGCAUGCUAAAUGUAUGUCAACUAACAGUAACUUGCAUCCAAUAAUCUCCAUUAAAAGUGAAAUGAAUGAAUGCAAGUUAUGCAUGUGUAUAGAACGAAUGAUAGACUGGACAUCACAAGUCACCUGCUCGCCUCUCGCUCGUAUGCAAAUGCAUGCAUGUAAAUUAUGUACCUGGAAUAGUAAAAUUCCAGGCAAGUGAAUGUAAAACUCCUUGUUUUCCAUGCACUUCUUGUACGUAAUAUGUAAUGUGUAAUGUAAUGUAAUGUGUGUAGGUAAGUUGUGUGUAUUUAACGUAAUGUAUGUAGAUCUGUAUUUAUUUAUAGAAAACCCAUUGUUCAGAACACAAUGAGUUUUACUUAUGAGAAAAUAACAUGAUGCAAAUUAUGAAAAGGCGGAUUCCCUGCGUCCGACCGAGGAUAUAAGGGCAGCCUCGACUCCAACCGCCACCACAACUGUGUCUAUAAUUAUUACAUGCAAGCUGUUUUGCACCAGCUUGCAUUACAAAGUCUCAAAUUGCCUCAAGUAAUAGACUGAGACAAAAAUAAAUCAAAUAUUUGGUCAAGUUACCCCUAACAUUUAAAUACAUACUACACAUUAAAUAAUGAGUGUAUAUCAACUCUACAAUAGUGUAAAUAAAUAAGUAUUUUUAGAUUGUUUUUACAUUAACCUUGUGUCCGAAUCUACUGAUUUCCCACAAAACUAAUCAUCACAUACAUAUAAAAAUAAUACACACUAAAAAAUAAACCAACCAAACCAUCUCACUAUUCGUCAUGAACAUAAACAGAUUCGAUGGGACAGACUAAUACUUAGUUUUAGCCGUGCGGGGUUACAAUGGUAUGGAGUGGUGGGUGAGUUAUGCUUCUGAUAAUAAAGAAGUGUGGAAAUGCAUCGGUUUGGCGAGGGCGUUGAAAAGGACGGUGACCAGGAGACCCUUCAUGGUUAUCAUUAAUGACCACGUCGGGCGAGAGAUGAGAACUGCGACCAAGUUGACCUCUUCCAUCAAAUCGUACCCCUCACCACCCACGGCCCCAUCCUCCUUCGACAUCCCGCUCCUUACCUGCAUGUACAAAUACACGUUGGGAAACAUCGCCACGGCCGUUUUUGGCCUUUAUGUCGACACCUUCGCGGAAAACGAUGUCUUUUUCAACACGACGACAGAAAUGUUUCAAGCUUUCAUAAAAAAUCGAAAAUUUCAGUUCGCCAUGCUCCAAAUGUUUCCAAGAUUUUCGAAACUCGCCCAAAUUCAGGGAAUCGAGCAGAAAUAUUCAGACUUUUACUGGUCCUUGUUAAACGCGGCGUUGACCGCGCGACAAAAUGGGGGCGUGAAGGGGUCAGAUUUCUUCCAGUUGUUGGUGGACGCGCAAAAUGAGGAUAACCCGGAAAAUGAUAAGGUGGGGAAGGGAAACAAGAAAAAUAUCAAGUGGACCAACGAGCUCGCGUGUGCGCAGGCCUUCCUCUUCAUGGGGGCUGGAUUUGCCACGGUGGCGAAUAACUUGGCCGCUGCGAUGUACAUUUUAGCGACGGAGGGGGAACUGCAGGACAAAGUUUAUCAAGAGGUUAAGGACGUGAUGGGGGAAAAUGAAACGAUUUCGUAUGACGACUCGAACAAGUUGGAGUAUAUGGAGAUGUUUAUUUCAGGUGCUCCGCCUCUACCCCGUUCAGUCGAGAUUGGAACGAAUUGCGGUGAAGGAUUAUGCCGUGAUGAGGAGUAACGGGAAAACCGUAAUUAUUCCAAAAGGUGCAAAUAUCGCCAUUUCAGCGGAAGCGGUGCAAAAAGAUGAGCAAUAUUUUGCAAAUCCGCUAAACUUCGAUCCGGAAAGAUUCUCGGUAGAAAAUAAAGGAAAGAUUAGUCCAUACUCAUACCUCCCAUUUGGAGUCGGACCGAGGAAUUGUAUAGGUAAGAAUUUUAUUGCAAAAUUUAAUUUUUGCAAUAUUGCCAAAAUCAUGACUAUUUAGUUUU